GGGCGGCGGCGGGAGCGGCCCCGGGAGGGCUGCCCGGCACGAGUAUCGGCGGCGUCCUGAGCGGGGUUACGAGGGGUCACUGUCCCGGGAGGGAAGCCCUCCCUCCCUGCGUGCCCGGCGGGGUAACCGGAGCUCCCGAGUCAGCCCCGCCUGGAAGUUGGAGAGCUCUGCCGUGUCCCCUCGAGAGAGCAGCGCGACACGCUGCGCAGCGCUGCUCCUCGCCGGGCUCUGUCUGAAGUGGGACCCUUCGUUGGGUGUCUCAGGCUGGGGUUUGUACCUUAGGACAGCGGGGUUUCUGGUUCUGCCCGGGCGCUGCCGCUCAUUGACAGAAGAGCUGGCUCGGGGAGUAUCUCUACUUGUCACAAAUCCACCUCGGGAUCCGGGGAUUUCUUCCUCCGGCUGGAGGUUUGCCUCGUAGGCUGGCGUUAUUUGAUUCUUCUCCCUCUCCAUCAACUAAUGAUCAGAUGAAGCUGCAGAUGACAUGACCAAAGUCAAAACAAUGCAUGAACUGAUGAGAAACAGGACUGAGAACAUUAGCUGCUUAGUUGCUGGAAAUCCUAAAUGCAGCUUUACUACCGAGAGACCCUGAUGUUAUGUGAUCACUGAACACAGUUUGCAAGAAUGGAAAACCAAAGGAAAACCAAAACUAGUUGCAUCUCAUAAAUAAAAAUUUUCAAGAUUCAGCUGAAUCAAAAAAUUAUUCCAGCCAUGGGAGAAAAUGCAAGUUUUUGGGAAAGUUUGAUAUAUGCACAUCCUACGUGUACCACCUGGAAGCAACAAGCAGAGGGAUCUAUCUACCACCUCGCCAGUAUUUUCUUUGUCGUGGGCUUCAUGGGUGGAAGUGGAUUCUUUGGGCUCCUCUACGUCUUCAGCUUGCUUGGACUGGGAUUUCUCUGCUCUUCUGUUUGGGCUUGGCUGGAUGUGUGUGCUGCUGAUAUAUUCUCCUGGAAUUUUGUACUGUUUGCUAUAUGCUUCGUCCAGUUCGUUUACGUUACCUACCAAGUCCGGAGCGUUGCCUUUGACAGGGAAUUCCAGGAACUCUACAGUGCUCUCUUCCAGCCUCUGGGAAUUUCCUUGACUGUGUACAGGAAGAUUGUCUUGUGCUGCGAUGCAGAAGUGAUUACCCUGGAGAAGGAACAUUGUUAUGCCAUGCAGGGCAAAACACCUAUUGACAAACUGUCCUUGCUUGUGUCAGGCAGGAUCAGAGUGACAGUUGAUGGGGAGUUUCUGCAUUAUAUUUUUCCUCUUCAAUUUCUGGACUCUCCUGAAUGGGAUUCACUGAGGCCCACAGAAGAGGGAAUUUUUCAGGUGACACUCACAGCAGAGACAGACUGUCGGUACGUGGCCUGGAGGAGAAAAAAGCUCUACCUGCUGUUCGCUAAGCACCGCUUCAUCUCCCGCCUCUUCUCCAUUCUCAUUGGGAGCGACAUCGCCGAGAAACUGUACGCCCUGAACGACAGGGUGCACGUGGGCCAGGGCUUCAGGUACGACAUCCGCCUGCCCAACUUCUACCACGUCGCGCUGCCCGAGAGCCCUCCCGUGCAGGCCUCGCCGCGCUCCCGCCAGCUGCAGCGCGCCUCGCCGCGCCGCACGCCCGCCCCGGUCAACUGCGGCGCCUUCCUCGCACCCUCCUAGCCAGGAAAGCUCUGCUGCAGCCAUUCCUCCAAGCCGUGGAGGGAAGUGGAAGGUGGCAGGGCAGAAGAGCAGAGAGACAAAAGCAGAUGAAGCCAAAUUUGACUGACAAGUGCCAUUUAUGUUAACUGGAGUAGGUUGGAUUCUCUGUCUCAAGCCAGCAGGUUGGCUUCUGCAUUGUGACUGUCUGUGCAAUAUGUUUACUUUCUGUUCAUACUCCUGUUGAUCUUCAUCUCUUUUGUUUUGGAGAACAAACCAUAACAGUAUGAGGUCUUAUUGCAAUUGUGGUGGCCUCUGUGGUGGCGUAUUGUUUUUUUUGUUUUGUUGUUGUUGUUUUUUUUUUAAAGCAAAGCCCAUGGUAAUUGUAAUUAUAUUUUCCUCAAAAAAAUUUUGUCAAAAUGAAGUACAGUCGGAAUAGUCAAUGAAAAGAACUAAGUUGUCUUCAGAAUAUAGCAACUGGCUUAUAAUGUUCUUUUUUAUGCCAUGUGGACAUUCUCUCAAUUUACAUGAUUAAUGUUGCAGAAAAAAGACUAAGGAACGGUUGCAUUGGGUUUGUUUCUUAAAGAAAUGAAAAAUUUUGAAAUGCACAACAUUGUUAAAAACCCAAACAAAAAAACCCAAAAAAUUCUGUCCCAUGACUAAUUGGUUUCUCUCCGACUGUCCUUAUGAGGUAUUACGUGAAAACAAACAUAAGUGUAAUUUCUGGCAUUAGAAAAAUAAAAGAGCUGCAAUAAUAUAACUGCUGCAAAUACAGCUUAGGGAAAUGGUUGUGUAGCAUUUCUGAUAGAAUGUGAUGCUAUAGGACCUGGGCUUCUGCAGUGUCAGCGCCCUUCAUGACAUGUACAAUAAAUAAUGUUAAUCAAUCUACUGCCAAACCAUUGGAGUUUGAUGUAUAAUAUUCCUUUUAGCUAUGUUUGUCAGGAAGAGACUGAAACAGCUGCAGCAAUAAAUACAAUUUUUAACUGA